GGAAACAAAUGCCCCGUCUUCCUCUGCUCUCUCUCCCCUCUCCCUCUCCCUCUCUCCUCCUUUCGUCUCCUUCUCGCGUAAGCCUUGCCUUGCCCUGCCCUCAAAAUCCCUCACAAAAUCAUCACCUCCACCCGCCGCCUCUCCCCCAAUUCUCCCCGGCGGCGCGCCCUCCCCGAGGCAACUCGACCGUGCGGCGGCGGCGCUCCGGCUAAUGCGCGUGCUCCCCUCAGCCUUUCCUGGUGAUUUUGUGUUAUCCGUGCGUCACACGUAACUCUGGGUGCCGUAGUGUUGGUGAAACUACCUGCAUUGUGUGAUCGAGUUUGGCUUCGUGGACUCUUCUGGUACUGAUAUGGACGAAGCCCCGGGUAAUCAGGACAAUCUGCCAUUCCUUGGCAACUUCACUGGAGCCAUGUUUUAUGGGGAACAAUCUGCAGGGUGUUCUUCUCUCGAGGCAGGGUGGGUUCCUAUGAGUGAAAGGAUCCCUGCUCAGCAUGAUAUAGCAAUGGCGCGAGGUAACUGGAAUGGUCUGGGCAUAAUGGACAAUGCCAAUUUGUUUGAUGAGCAGGCAUUGGUAUCUGCAUUUGGUAACAUGGGAUUGAGCCUCACUGGUAAUGCUGCUGCUGAUUCUUCUGCUCACUCUGGCACUGUUGGAUCCAGGGAUGGACUCCUUUUUGCAGACUCUUUGUUUACAUCGGCUGAUUACCCAACAAAUCUGCCACAUCAGCCAGCGUUUGGUCAAGAUGAGUUUGUGCCUUCAUAUUAUACGGUCCACAAUGCUGGACACAUGAAAACAAAGUUUGGUGCACAAAAUCCUCCAAUGUACACAGGGAUGCAUGGCACAGAUAAUGCGUUUGUGACUAGAACCAAUUUACCGCAAGCUUUGUCUUUCCAGCAACAUCAUAUUAUUGAUACGCAGCCACAGACAUAUGCACCUUGUUAUCAGCAGAUGGACUAUAAAUUUAAGCGGCAUGAUAUCGAUGCCGAGACGAAUUUUUUCAUGCAGCCACAGUAUCCUUAUCAGCAAUAUCCACAGGCUGCUGAUGUUCAUUGGAUCAAUAGCAAUCAGUAUGGUGUUAUCAACUCAUCAGACAAGUAUGCAGCUGCGCCUCACCGUGGAGUGCCUACUGUUCGUCAUCUGGGACAUGGCAGUCCUGAUAUCUACAGGAAUGGUGCUGUAAUUCCUAAUGGAAGUAACCGACGGGGUUUGACACAUGUGAAUAACUGUCCUUUUAUAAGUUAUCCUGACUGCUUAUGUGAAACCUGUGAAUAUUGUCAGAUUCAUCUAUCUGAAAAUCUCAAACGUUCAUUUGCGCUCAGACAUACACCCAAAUGUUCAUCAGACGAUUGCAUCUCUGAUAAAGCGAAAAGUUCACCGUCAUCCUUGGAUUCUGUGGCCAUGAAAUCUGCCCAACUGCCCUAUAGUUCAGUUGAUGAAGUUGUUGGGGAAUUGUACCACUUGGCGAAGGAUCAGAAUGGUUGCCGUUUCCUCCAAAGGAUAUUUAUUGAAGGUUCUCGAGAGGAUGCUCGAAAGGUCUUUGAUGGUGUAAUUGAGCAUAUCGAUGAACUUAUGGUGGAUCCAUUUGGAAAUUAUUUGAUACAGAAAAUAUUUGAGAAGUGCAAUGAUAAUCAAAAGAUGCAUAUACUUUAUGAAAUAACCAAAAUACCUGGCCAGCUAAUUGAAGUUGCAUGCAACAUGCAUGGGACACGUGUGGUGCAAAAGGUGAUAGAAUCUAUUAGUACCUCAGAUGAAGUGUCCAUGGUUGUAUCUGCUCUGAGCCACGGUGCCAUUACUCUGAUGAUGGAUUCCAAUGGCUGCCAUGUUGCAGAACGUUGCUUGCUGAAGCUGUCACCUGAGGGCAAAGCAUUCCUUGUCAACGCGGCCACGAAAUACUGCGUUGAGCUAGCAAAGGAUCGGCAAGGCUGCUGUAUCAUCCAGAAAUGCAUCGCUCAUGCGAGCAAGGAGCAGAGGAACAGGUUACUGUACAGCAUCACAACUCGGGCUCUCGAGCUCGCAGAAGAUGAGUACGGGAACUACGUGAUACAGUUCGUGCUGGGGCUCGGGGUUGCCUGGGCAACGAAUGAGGUACUGGACAAGCUUGAGGGCAGCUAUGGGUACCUGUCGACGCAGAAGUGCAGCAGCAACGUGGUCGAGAAGUGCCUGAGAGAAGCGCCGGAGCGAGAACGCGCGAGGAUCAUCCUUGAGCUCAUCCACGACCCCAGGCUGCUUAACGUCCUGGUUGAUAAGUAUGGGAAUUAUGUGAUCCAGACUGCACUCCGGGAGUCUGAGGGUACUGCGGUGGAGGCUGCGUUGAUCCGAGCCAUCAAGCCACACGCCGGCGCUCUUCGGAACAACAUGUAUGGGAAGAGGGUCCUGUCGAAAGCCUGCCUGAAGAGCAGGAAGCCCUGAUCCCAACAAUCCCAUGCCGUCCUGAUCGCGCUCAAGUGUAGUACAAAUCCUGUAAUAAGGUAGUGUUAUCUAGGAAUGGGGAGGAGGAGGAGAGUAGUCUGUGGGGUCUGGUUGGAGGAGGAAUCCACAUUUUGGGCCAGUGUAGAACGAUCCCAUGCGUGUUGUAGCUGUAGAGUUCUUGGGAGAGUUCGUUGCAAAUAAGUAAGCGUUGUGUCGUUGCUACGAUUAGUAUUACGUCCGUCAGACGAUGCUCUGUAUCUUCUUUACAUUUUCUUACAGCAGUAAAAUUUCCAUUUUCUGGU